UGCUAUUCGUAUUCUCGUCUAUGCACACGUGAUGUUUGUGAGUACAGCAACAUGGACGUGUCAGCUCGAUAUGCAAAUUGUGGAGAGAGAACUUCUUGUGUGACCAUUUCCAUGGAUGACCACUACUACUUGUCAGGUGAAUAUUGCCCUUAUGGGGAGAGUGGAGAUGGUCAGGUCUUCUUGAAGGUUGGCCGCACAGAGGCCGAUUCAUUUUGGCUUACAGCCAAUGAUGGCUCCAGCUCCUCAUGUGCCAGCGGCACCUAUGGUUCCAUGUUGCGCGCCACAGAUCCGACGCAUGACUUCUGGAAUGUCUCCGUGAACUACGUGGAGCACCACGGUGAAGUCGUCGCUUGCGUCGGCAAAACAAUCUCCGAGAUCGUCGAACAAGUCUUUGAGGACUCUUCAUCAGACCUCACCGUUGAGGUGAUCGGCUCAACAAACUCUUGGUGCUCAAGUGGCCUUUUGAGCACCAAUGGUGAUUGGUGUUGUUCUUCUGGUUGCACUCAAUGCACGGGAUCCGGUUGUAGCAGCGCUGGCACCAACGAUGAUGAUGUUUGUUGUUCCGGAUCCAUCACGGAGACGUGUAUGUCCGCCUCGCAGGUCUCCCAACUUAACUUUGGCCGAGACCAUCCGACGCGGCUCCAGCGCCACGGCGGAAGUCUCGGAAGUCUCCGGGUUGAUUUUGGACGAUCCAGCCACUCCCGGCAUCGAGGCGGAUUAUUGGUUGCAUCCUUGUCAUUGCGCACCCCCCGACUGGGGAAACAAUGCUCCCGUGACCGCGGACGCCUUUGCAGAGAUCCCGGCGGAAAGUGACAACAGCUUUGAGCCUGCGCCCUUUCUCAUUGUGGAUGGGGCCUUCGUGUGUGAGCAGGAGCACUUGCUGAAUAUCCAUUUGGCCGAAGAAGAUCCAACAGGGGAAAGUUUAGUUGCAACUGACAUUCACACCUGCCAAACAUACUGUUCCCAAGAGACAGCUUGUCGCUUCUUUUGGUUGGGUGCAAUUGGGCAGAGCUUGCAAUGUUGGACCUUCAGUGCUUGCGACACCUUGUUUCGUCGUGUUGGUAUGAGCGGACAGCUCAUGGCCUGGCCUCGAGACUCGUUGAAGGUUUGUAGGCUUGCGGACGCCGAGAAACUGACGGCUUCCAGGCUGUCCACCUAUCCCACGUGUUUGCACCAGUCUCUCUUCGAGCAGUGCGAUCAGAAGCUCAUGCUCGGAGGCACCUCCGUCUCGGCCUGUGGUGAAUGCAAAUACGCGGUCCUCUCCACAAGCUACGAGAAUUUGCCGGAGCCCGCGGCGACCUUGACCCAGACAGGAAACCUCCCGGCAGUGAAGCAGUUUUCAUCGGAGGACAUUGCGGUCGGAGACAAUGUCUUCGUAGGUACUAGUGCCCAUAAGUUCGAAGACUCGAGGUUUGGUCCUUUAUACAAUAAAGGAUGCUUCUUAGUUCAGUGGAAUGAAUAUGGAGUACGAGAUGUCGACAUCGCUGUUUUGGAGAUCACGACAUCAUGGGACUCCAUUGUCUACUUGCAAUGGUGGCAAUAUCAAAGUGCAGACGACUUGACCCAUUUGCGGAUUGAUCCCUUCAAGGAAUGGCCAGACUAUCUUCAAUGGACUUAUGUCAUGAACACCUGGAACCUGAAAUCUUCCUACGCCUUCGAUGCCAUGUGGUACAGCCGGAAGGUCCCAGCCGAUGAAACGGUGAGCCUCUAUGGCUCCGGGAAUCAGGACAUCGACUCUGGGACGGGCUACGUGGUCUACGUGUGCCCGGCCAAUGUGGAAGCCACGUUGUCUCUUGAGAAGAGUUUGCUACCUUCGGCCUUCGAACACGGCAGUUCUCUUCAUGCUCGUUGCUGGCAGGAACGGUAUCGCUCCAGGGACUCGGAGAAUGUCUCAGCCGUCGCUGCCGAGCUCCGCUGCUUGGCCGGGACCUGGAUCAACGCAGAAGGCACCAAGGGCUUGGCCAACUUUGAGUGCGCUGCUUGCAUCGAAGCCGUCGGCAGCGGGUACAAAGACCUGGCAGAGAAGGGGCGGCAAGAGCUCCACUUUGCAUCGCGUUGGAAGGCGGCGCCAAUUCUGAUGAAAGGCGACCGGAGCCAAUACAUGUGGGAGACCGAAACCUACCAGUACUUUGUCGCAGCCCUGACAGAUUCCACUCCAGAAAGUUUCCGACGAUUCCGCAGCACUGCCUCGGAUUCCAAGUGCAUGGAGCACUCGACCACCACGGGCCUGUUCGUGAGCGACUGCGUCGAUAGCCCUGAUGAAACUCAACUUUUGGAUGGCAACCAGGUGACGUGCGCAGGCAUGAAGUUCACUUGCGUUCUCACGCAUAGAAUUUGUUCGACCUGGCAGUGGCUCGACAGCAGAUAAUGUUGCCUAGUGAUCUUUGGGAUGGCAGCUGGUUGUUCGCUCACCUUUCCCACGGCUAGCUAUCAGCUGCAACGCUGACCACAUUGCAAUGGUCAGCUCACUUUGGAAUGGAGGGGUUGGAAACUGCGGUGGCUUGCUUCUUCAGAUGAGUGUGAACAGCGUGCACUCGCUCCACACCGACGGAUUCGACAAGCUGGCGCACUAUUGGCUGCCCAUUUGCUAGUCAAGGGUGAUCAAGCCUUGCGCUGCGGCGGAACAGUGGCUUCGACUGUGAGCUGGCGUGGGGUCGACCCAGCGAAAUUGGUGGGCGCGCACUUUUGCUGCAGAUAAACACGAGUGUGAGUGGCUGAGUCUUUCGAUGUUCACAAGCCACUUGGGCCUUGGCUCAAAGCGUUUGACCUGUGUUGAGACAAGAGGAUGGCUAGACGCAGGACAAUGAAAGUAAGGUCGUCAAGAGCACUUGCAGCUGAGGCUGCUUCAGAGGCACUGAGCAAGCCAGAGACCUUCAACUGUGGCCCUCCACACAGUGGCAAAGUACAGCGCAGAAGGGGUCUCGCCAAACGCGUGAGCCUUGUUCGGUCGGAGUUGAAGAACAAGGGUUGGUUCCAUCUAUGGAAACAACUCCACAAAGAAUUCUUUUCAAACCGAAAGGACAAAUCCACAUUCUGAGCCAUGCUGGUGCACCAGGUUUAGAAUGUGCCAGGCACCGCUAAUUCCGAUGAGCUGAAGUCAGCUACCCUCAUCAGGCGCGCAGAAGCAAACCUGCGCCAUCAUUUUCAGCUGAUGGCUAAAGAACACGCAUCCUGCAGUGAAAUCGAGGAGGCAGCUCGCGUCCACAAGAAGAGCAGCAAGCCAUAGAGCCAGGAGAGCAUUUUGAGGUUGGUUUCUCUUCUAAAGUGAAUGGGCCGGCGCCCACGUCGAUCGUCUUGAAGACGGGGGGAGCAGAAACUGCGCAAACGUGAAAAAUU